CCUGCGCAGUUCGCGUUCGAGGCCGGAGCGUCUAGACCCGGCGGCAGGUGUGAUCAGUGACUACCCGGAGUCCUGCAGGGGCGGGGCGGCAGCGAGAGCGGGGAGCCCUGGUGAGGGGGAGCCCGGGUGAGGGGGAGCCCGGGUGAAGGGGCCGAAGAGUGCCGGGAGCCCAGGUGACCGCGCGGGAGCCCAGAUUGAAGAUGGAUACCUGACAAUCCCAGGGAUCACUUCACUGACAACAUUUUCUUGGACAAGAUUGUGUUAGGGCCUGGGCUGUGUUGGCCCCAGGACUCCUUCAGAAUACAGCUGAGGACGAUGAAUCCUGUGAGCAACGGGGGCGCAUCAGAGAGCAUUUUUGACCUGGACUAUGCCUCCUGGGGGAUCCGCUCCACGCUGGUGGUCGCUGGCUUUGUCUUCUACCUGGGCGUCUUUGUGGUCUGCCACCAGCUGUCGUCCUCUCUGAAUGCCACGUACCGUUCUUUGGUGGCCAGAGAGAAGGUCUUCUGGGACCUGGCGGCCACGCGUGCAGUCUUUGGUGUUCAGAGCACGGCUGCAGGCCUGUGGGCUCUGCUGGGGGACCCUGUGCUUCAUGCCGACAAGGCACGUGGCCAGCAGAACUGGUGCUGGUUUCACAUCACGACGGCCACGGGCUUCUUUUUCUUUGAAAACGUCGCAGUCCACCUGUCCAACUUGGCCUUCCGAACAUUUGACCUGUUUCUGGCUGUCCACCAUCUCUUUGCCUUUCUCGGCUUUCUCGGCUGCUCAGUCAGCCUCCAAGCUGGCCACUAUCUAGCUAUGACCACGUUGCUCCUGGAGAUGAGCACUCCCUUUACCUGCAUUUCCUGGAUGCUCUUAAAGGCGGGCUGGUCUGAUUCUCUGUUUUGGAAGCUCAACCAGUGGCUGAUGAUUCACAUGUUUCACUGCCGCAUGGUCCUGACCUACCACAUGUGGUGGGUGUGCUUCUGGCACUGGGAUGGCCUGGUCAGCAGCCUGUAUCUGCCUCAUUUGGCACUCUACCUGGUUGGACUGGCUCUGCUUACACUAAUCAUUAAUCCAUACUGGACCCAUAAGAAGACUCAGCAGCUUCUCCAUCCAGUGGACUGGAACUUUGCACAGCCAGAAGCCAAGAGCAGGCCGGAAGGCAACGGGCAGCUGCUGCGGAAGAAGAGGCUGUAGCUGCUCCAGCCGGGGCUCCCGGGCCCCAGCAAGUCGGCACACAGAUUCUGGGAAGUUCCGUGAAUAGUGGCUUUUGAAUUAAUGAGGCAGUGAAUGCUUUGUUUUUAGUUCUAAGGAAAAUACUAACUUUAUUUCUCAUUAGCAUUAAUUUUGAAGUAGCUACAAAGGCUUUUUAAGAAAUAAUAAUUUUGCGGCUGUCC